AUGCCCAUCCGUUCCUCUUAUAGCCCAAGACAACAAACGGACGAAACGCAUGACCACGAGAGUCAAAGUCAUCGUAGACAUCGACAAUUGAGCCGCCUAGAUUCCUCCCAAAGUCAUCCGCCCACCGCUCAAAGAGUCCCGGCCCGCUCUCGUGCCCUCCAUCGCCUGGCCCCCGCAUGCUUCCCGUCGUUUCGCCUCACCAAGUUCGCAUACCUAUCACAUUCGCAAGUCGUUGCCACUUGCCACAACCUCUGUUCAUCCACCGCGUACUUCUUGGUCCUCUGGCUCUGUCACUGUCUCUCUUGCUCUCGAUUUGGUUUCGUUCGAAGUUGUUCAAGGAGUUGCCUACUCGUUUUUAAUCGCCAUCAUCUCUUCCAAACGCCGAGCUGUACGCAGGCAAGGGGUGGCUCUAGCAGAAACGGGAGUCGGCUGCGUCCCGCACUUAAAUACAUGGCUAGGUACGCCCUGUCGCUCCAUCACUCUACUUGUUGGCGCCGGGCUGUACUCAAGCUUCCAGGUCACGUCGGCAGCUCCAGCAGUCACCGUUGA